GCGAAGCUGUCAAGGAAACAUUAUCAGCGUAAAGCUCAGUGGAGUGGAUGUGAAAAAGUAGCAGACUGACAGACAGACAGACAGGCAGCCUCCCCCUGGGAUCCCCACGGUCAAAUAGAUAGACGGCUGUGUAGAUGGCUGCUAGAGAGGACUAACUUGGGGAACGGAGCUGAAAACAUUACUUUGUCACACAUAGGGUCCCGGCAGCUCUUAUAUUACAAUGGAACAACAAUUUGAAGACAUUGAUUAUUCUGGGGGAUGGCAAAACAUUUACAACGAAAUCCGUAACCAAGCCAAUGAAUAUCCCUUCACUGUGGCAAAGCUUCCUGUGAAUCGGAAUUUGAACCGCUACAGAGAUGUUAGUCCAUAUGAUCACAGCCGAGUAAAACUUGAAAACUCUGAAAAUGACUACAUCAAUGCAAGUUUAGUAGCGGUGGAAGAAGCCCAUCGAGCUUACAUUCUUUCUCAGGGGCCUUUAAGGAACACUUGUGGUCACUUCUGGCUGAUGAUUUGGGAGCAGUGUUCCAAAGCUGUUAUAAUGCUGAACAGAAUAAUUGAAAAGGAAUCUGAAAAGUGUGCGCAGUACUGGCCCACUACGGAGGAGCUACAAAUGUCCUUCACUGACACUGGUUUUGUUGUCCGGCUACUUUCAGAGGAGGACCAUUCCUAUUUCACAAUCAGAUUACUAAGAUUACAAAACACAAAGACAGGGGAGUGGAGAUCAAUUUAUCACUUUCACUACACUGCAUGGCCGGAUUUUGGUGUUCCAGAAUCUCCCGCCUCCUUCCUCAACUUCCUUUUCAAGGUUCGAGAGUCUGGUUCACUGGACACGAAGCAUGGGUCCUCAGUUGUGCAUUGCAGUGCUGGGAUUGGGCGUUCUGGGACCUUUGCCUUAGUGGACACCUGCCUGGUUUUGAUGGACCGGAGGAAUAAUCCAUCCUCAGUGGACAUACAGAAGGUUCUUCUGGACAUGAGGGAUUACCGCAUGGGCCUGAUCCAGACUCCUGACCAACUGCGCUUCUCAUACAUGGCUGUCAUUGAGGGAGCCAAACAUCUGGGGACCAACAAUUCAUCACAGCAGGUCAAGAUGGGCGUGAGGACCAGAAAUUAUUUGGAGCCAGAUCUGCCUCCACCUCCACCCAGACCGCACUUAAACAACAGCAGACCGAGCCAGGAGUCCCAGCCCACCUUAAAAGACCACAUGCCUUUACUGAUAGAGAAGUCUCACAACCAAGACCACAGUGAGGCAGAGAGCACUGGACAUGUGAAGAAGCGACACCGCGAAGAAAGGAUUGCCAGCACCUCGCAGAAGGUCCAGCUGAUGAAACAGAGACUGACUGACUCAGAGAGAAAGAAAGAGAACUGGCUGUACUGGAGACCCAUUCUACUUAAUGUCGGUGCUGGUGCCGCAAUGGCUCUUGGUCUGCUGGUGUGCUGGAUGUAUUCCUCCCAAUGAGUCUCUCUCAGUCACUUCGAACUGACUAUUAUUUUGCACCAGUACCUGAGAUUUGGUACUUCUCAAAAUAGAUUUAGAGGGUAUUUAUUUCUUAAGGUCACAAUCCGGGAGCGCUAGAUCAAAUGACUCUGUAUAUUUUUAAUAGAUUGAAACAAAUAUAGUAACAUCUCAGGAUAUUGGUGCCAACAUGAGGAUUUCCUUUAAUUGUCUAUGAAUGUACUGCAUCAUUUCAUAGAAAAUAGAUAUGAAAUGUCCAGUACAAAUGACCUUUUUAACUCUUUUCAUUCUUUAUUUACAAUGGUCAGAUGUUUGUAACCCAACCUUAGUCGCAUCUUUGCAUUUAUAAAUUCAAAACUGCUUUCUGGGAAUUUGAUACUUGAGUGUGGGAAUUUCUUUAGAAUCCCUCAUCGCCUGUUAAAUUUCAUUAAUUGCCUAUUUGUGAAACGCAGCACUUGUUCUUCCAUUCACAUUGGGCAGGCCAUCCCAAAAUAGAAUCUAUAUUUAGAAUCUAAAAUCUAUCUUUUUAGAUGACUGGACACUUGGAGAGCUGCCUUGCUUUUGUUUUCACUUGAGGGGGGAAAAAAACAUUUUUUACAAUUAUAUGAGUGAAUGUUUAGCUUUUAUGUCCUUUAUUCGGGUCCGACAUAUGAUCAGGUCCUUCAUCUCACAGUGUACGUACUGACCCACUGGAUGGGCUCAUUUUUUUUGUCAUUACAGGUAAUCCCACUUAAUGCUCUUUAAGGAAACCUGUUUUUUUUUUUUUUUUUAAUUCUUGGACUUUUUUUUUUUUUUUUUUAAGUUUACUCACUCCUAUUAGGUGGAAUGUAUAUAUGUUGGAGCUCUGACACAACUGACCCCCAGGACUAGUUGCACCUUGGUGUUGAAUGUCACUGCAUUGGUUUGCAAUUGAUUGGGACCAAGCUGUAUUUGUUUGAAGUGCAUGGCGGAUUAUUAUUCAUCUGUGAGCAAACACGUUUGAGGAUGUGCCUUCAUUUAAUUUUGAAUGGAACAAAUGUGUGCAACGGGUUUCCUGCAAGCUCAAUAUCGUUAAUGUGAGAUUUUAUUCCCCCUUAAAAAAAUAGUGUGCUAACUACCCAGGGGUUUUGUCAAUUCUGUCAUAAGUGUGGUGUGAUUUGACUUGAAUGUCUUGUUGACUGACUGCAUGGCAGAUUAUUUUUCUUCUGUGAGAGAAUGGAAGAGUCUUUUUGCUCUUUCAGGAUGUGCCUUCAUGUGAUUUUAAAAUGGAACAAAUGUGUGCUCCCAGGUUUCCAGCGAGCUCAAUAUCAAAGUUUGAGAUUUUAUGCUAACUGCCAAAGGGUUGGCAAUCGUGUAUUAAGUAUGGUGUGAUUUGAGUUGGAUGUGUGUUGACCGACGAGUUCACUGUCUGGCUUUUAUUCAUUUUUCAUUGAACCCAUAACCAUUUUUACAUUCCAUUCAUUGUUAUACGUUUUGCACCGUCAAGAGUGACAGAACGUUUGAACAACAAAAACAAACAAUUAAAACAUUCUUUUUUUUCC